AAGAUAUUCCAGCUCACACCAUUGAAAGGUCUUUUCUUCUUGGGUUUGGUCUUUUUUCUACAACGUCGUAAACCCGCUUCACUCCUGUCCUCAUCUCUCUCUCUCUCUCUCUCUCUUCCCUCACGCGGCUGUGUGAUUAAUUAUGUUCCACUUUCUCACCAACUUCUUUUUCUUCUUCUGGGUUCCCAUUCAAUUUUUAUUUCUUUCACUUCACGGAAACGCAAAACUCUCUUGUCUUUUUUCAUCUUCCUCUGUUCCUCAGAACAAUUCUCACUACCCCUUAUAAAUAUAUACUCAAGAUGAAGUGUUUCUUCUUCAAGGAGAAGUGCAAAUCCGCCCCGGAACUGCACAAGAAGAAAACCCCCGCCGUGAACCGCGCCGCAAACUCCACCGGCUCCGUGUCUUCGCCCAAGAGCGUGAAGGACUUGUACAGAGAGAAAGAGCACAGCUUUAGAGUCUUCACUUUGCAGGAACUGAGAGAUGCCACCAACGGCUUCAAUAGGAUGCUCAAGCUUGGAGAAGGGGGUUUCGGGAGUGUCUAUAAAGGAUCCAUUACGCAACCUGAUGGACAAGGUGGUGAUCCAAUUCCAGUUGCAAUCAAAAGGCUCAACACUCGUGGCUUCCAGGGUCAUAAAGAAUGGCUUGCUGAAGUUCAAUUUCUCGGCAUUGUUAAUCACCCAAAUUUGGUUAAACUUUUGGGAUACUGCUCCGUGGAUGCAGAAAGAGGAAUCCAACGGUUGUUAGUGUACGAGUUCAUGCCCAACAGGAGCUUGGAGGAUCACCUUUUCAACAAAAACUUACCAACCCUGCCUUGGAAAACAAGAUUGGAGAUCAUGCUUGGUGCUGCUCAAGGACUAGCUUAUCUACAUGAAGGACUGGAAAUUCAGGUGAUCUACCGAGAUUUUAAAUCUUCAAAUGUUCUAUUAGAUGCGGACUUCCACCCAAAGCUCUCAGAUUUUGGUCUGGCUAGAGAAGGACCACAAGGUGAUCAGACUCAUGUAUCCACUGCGGUAGUUGGAACACAGGGUUAUGCUGCACCGGAGUACAUUGAAACGGGUCACCUGAAAGUUCAGAGUGACAUGUGGAGUUUUGGUGUUGUAUUGUAUGAGAUCCUCACAGGAAGAAGGUCAUUGGAAAGAAACCGUCCCACAGCAGAACAAAAGCUUCUAGAUUGGGUCAAACAAUACCCUGCCGACACCAGCAGAUUCGUCAUCAUAAUGGACGCUCGUCUCAGAAACCAGUAUUCUCUUCCUGCAGCUCGCAAAAUAGCUAAGUUGGCUGAUAGCUGCUUGAAGAAGAAUCCAGAAGAUAGACCCUCCAUGAGUCAGAUAGUGGAAAGCUUGAAGCAAGCAUUGCAAUAUUCAGACACUACUUCUCAGGACAUUGCUGAAUCCUCCUCCUCAUCUCGUUCUAAAUUGGUCCGAAAAAAGUAAAUAUGGAGCUUUUUUUUUUUUUGAAGGACUUGUGGGAAAUUUAGCAUUUUAAGGUAAGUUGAUUAGAUCAUCUAUGUAGUAAGUAUUUACCACCAUUGAGGUAGUUUUCUGGUCAAUCUUGGAAGUCAGUUUUGAGGAUUUUUCUUACUUGUCUGUUUGGCCUAGUUCAAACAAAACCAAGUCCUUCUUUACUUUGUCAGCUGUUGGCUUUUAAUACAGUUUAGAUGUCAUUGUAGAAAAUUUUCAAUUAACAAAAUUAUUCUUUACUUCUAAGUUAAA